UACCUGUGGUCGAUUUAUUCAUAUCGGUCUUCCAUCAAACUAUGACUUUUCUGCAUAUGUUUACGUUGUAGUCAUGACGAUGCGAUCAACCAACGAUUACUUUCUCGAGAUUAAUCGUCGAAUGUAGGCGUACAUAAGGCGAAGGGUGGACAAAACUAGAUAGGAGGUUGUGUAUUCUUCCAUUUACUUCCAACCGCUUAGAAUGAACGACGAAUGUCCUUUUGCUGUAAAGCGUAGCCUAACAUUUUCAAGCAACUGAAGCAAAUUUGAUAUGACAGAGUGAAUAUUACGAAAGAUAAUAUGACGGCGAUAUCUGCUCGUAUCGCUAUUCUCCUCGGGGGACUUUUUAUUGCCAGGGACGUCCACGGACAAUUUUGUUCUGAAGGAUCCCUGAGUCCACAUACCGGAUUUUGCUACCAUGUCCAUGCCGAGAAAAAAGCCAAAAUCGAGGAUGCCCGACUGACAUGCCGAAACGACUACGGUGGAGAUAUACCAUCUAUCUUCACUGGCGAUGAAAACGCAUUUAUUCACGACCUCCUUAGUAACGAAGGGAGUGAGAGCAAUUACUGGAUAGGCGUCAACGAUCUUUAUGAAGAAGAUUUAUUUCGCGACGUCAUGCUGAACGAGGUACUGACCUACGACAACUGGAAAUCAGACGAACCAGAUAACGCCUUUGGCUCCGACUGCGCCGUGAUGCAGCGAGCCGAUGGGGAAUGGACAGACUUCACCUGUACAACAUUUACCAUAUUUGCCGCGGGGGUUAUUUGUCAGCAACCACCUAAUCCCAACCCAUUCACUCUUUGCCCUGCCAACAUGUUGUCAUACACGACCCCUUGGUACACCGAGUGCUACUGGAUUUCGAUGAAAGAGUAUAGAGCACUGGAUGCCAGUUUGGAAUGUGCGGCCAUGGGGUCCAAGUUGGCCUUCAUAGAGGACCAAACGCUGAAUGACUUUAUUCAUUCCUAUCAACAAAGCUUAGAGUUUGAUACAAUGUGGAUUGGAACACAACAGAUUUUAGACGGCAGUGGACAAUUUUACCAAUCGGUGGAGUUUGGCACGACGACAACCGCGUAUUAUGACAACUACAUCUCCGAAUAUUCUGGGGGUGAGUCUCCUGUUUGCGCAGCCAUGAUCAGAGCAGAAGCCGGCCAGUGGAAUCACCUGUCCUGCGAAGAUGUUAAACACCCUUACAUCUGCCGGUACAAUGCGACAGUAUCAAAUCAAAAUACUACGUCUGCAGCAACUACGGUUGGAUCGACAACCACAAUGGCCACUACAACACCAACAACUACUCCCAGUCCUACAACAACAGAAGCUACAACUAUUCCUACUACAACACCAACAACUACUCCCAGUCCUACAACAACAGAAGCCGCAACAACACAAGCUACAACUAUUCCUACUACAACACCAACAACUACUCCCAGUCCUACAACAACAGAAGCCGCAACAACAGAAGCUACAACUAUUCCUACUACGACUUCACCAACAACUCCUAGUCCUACAACAGAAGCGACAACAACACUGCCCACUACUACACCAAACACUACACACAUCCCUACAACAACAGAACCUACAACAUCAGAAGCGACAACGACAGUGCCAAAUACUACACCAACCACUACUCACAGCCCCACAACAACAGAAGGUAUAACGACUCUGUCCACCACCACUACCAAACUUACUACCAGCCCUUCCACAGCAGAGUCCACAACAACGUUGCCGCUAACCACACCAACAACAAAUGUCAUCACAUCACAAUCGACUACAACAGAGAGCACUACCAGUCAAAGUACCACACAGGAGGGAUCUUCUUCUGAGGGGUCUACAACAUCUGCCACGACACCUACAGAACCCACACCAACAACGUCAGAAACAACACCAACAGUCAGAAUGUCUACAGAGGAAACAGGUAGGUAUACAUGUCGGUAAGGCAAGUCCUGUAGUACACGAUGUGUCUGUUGAAUGUGUUGUUUGGUCUGUGUUGUCGUUUUUCUGUUGUACCUUUCAAACUGUGAGCGAUCGUAACGCGCGCACGCGCACCUGGUCAUUGCAGGGUAAGCGAUAACCUCAGUUCUCCUUUUUUCCCUUCGUAAAACGCCCUGGCGAAACACCAGAGGCUGCGUUGUUAUUUUUAUUUUUCUACAGAGUGCUCACAGGUUAAUGAUGCAGUCUCCAGGAGGUAUCUGAAAUACAGUUCCCGUUGGUUCUAGAAGUCCGACAUUCCAGUUGUCCUGCCUGUCUCAAGGUCUGAAAGCGCUGCGGAAGCCUGUUGUAUCUCCUCAUCGUCGCGUCGUCGAGAACUCCCAUUACAGGACGCCAUCUUCGACAUGUCACCAGAACGGGCUCCGAGAUGACCGAGAUCACCGGGAAUGACCUCAACAUAUCAAAUUCAGCUGUUUUAAAAGUUAUUUCUAAAAAUUAAAAAAAUGUAUGCCGCAUAAAUUGCCUAUCAAGUGUUAGUUCUACACUUGUUUGUCAAUUGAUGUUUGGUUUCUGUAAAAUGAAUAAAUAACGCGUGUAAUUUGAAGUAAAUACAAAACAUAUUCGGUAUCUAGUGUAUUGUGGGCGAUCUGAAUAUUAUCAGAAUAUCGAUAUAUUUAAUAUACUAUUAAUUUUUUACAUCCGAAUCUUAAGAAGGAAAAGAACAACAGAAUAUUCAACAAGAUAUACAUGACUUCGAUGCAUCUUGGUCGUUCGAGAAGAUAUUUGGAAAGCCUACAAAUUACUUUGAAACCCUUCGUAAAUCAUUGACAACAUCUGUCGUGACAAUUUAAAAAAUAAAUUUUAUGAUAAUCUGUUGUUCUGAAGUUGUUAUUCGUCGUUUUAUUUAAGCAUGUUAUCCCGUUAUCAAUUUUAAAUAAAUAUAUUACAAACAUUGUUUUAUUAUGUUUUAUUGAUUUGUUUCGGCCAGGGUUAGAAUCUGCCUUAAAAAUGAAAACCUUAUACAUGAGAUACGUUGUCUUCAAAUAAUUGAUUGAUCAGGAUAAUCAGGUUUCAUGUCAGCUGGAAUAAUAUGAAAGGGGAAUAUGUGUGAUAUUUAAGGUACUUCAUUUUGGAAUCAUAUUCCCCGUUUGCUGUAAGUCUUCUGAUAUAUCAAUGGAAUAUUAAAGAACAGUUGAUUUGUUCAAGUUGUUGUUGUUCACUUCAGUAUUAUAUGGCAAUCAGUCACUGGCAAUCAGUCAAUUUUGAUUAUUAUCACCAAUUUUGGUUUUGUUAGUAUGAACUUCAAUUAUAAAAAAUCAUUCACCUCUUUCUUUGAUCUUAAUUUUUUUGUUUGUGUCCCUGUAUUUUUGUCAGGGCUUUUAUUUACAUUAUGAUUAAUAUGAUACUAUACCAGGUUACCGAAUUCUGUUAUUUCUUAUUCGGCACCAUCCUGACAAACCCGUUCGUAUGAUACGCGGGUUUCUCGGAACUUUUUAAAGGAAAACAAACUUAAUGGUCCGAAUUCACGAAGGAGGU